AUGCAAAGAACUUCCUCAGUCUUCGUCGAUACCAACAAGAUCGAGAUUCAUAGGGACAGUUUUGAGUCAGUGAGUAGAGACAUGACACCACCUCCGCCCUCCGAAGAUAUGGGAAGUCGCAGUAGCGAAGAGGACAUGGAGUUCUGCAUAGGUGAUGAGCUGUCCCCAGCAUUCUGCAAUUGCGGUGCUUAUGACAAAAUAAUGUGUGUUACCAGUUUGUUGCGGAAGAGAAUAGUUAAUGCGGUCAACAACGAGUUGGACCAGUACGAACAACCUUUGGGGUCCCUUUUACGGUCAUCAAAGCGGAGGACAUUUGCUUAUGAAGGAUUCAGUCUCACUGUUGGAAAUGAUCACAGUCAAUCGAGUUCUCAGUCUCUGACUCAUAACACGUGCAUGAGUCGUCCGCCCACAGUUUCUUUCGAACGUCUUGUGAAUAAUAUCCUUGUUGAUGCUUCUUUGUUGUUGUUAUCGAAAUUGAAUUAA